GCUUACGUUUUACUGUGGCUUAUACAUAGAUAGUAGUACCAAUACCAUCUAUAUGAUUUCUAUUAGUUAGAUUAUAAGUAUUAGUUAAGGAAUAAUCGCAUUUUUGAUGAAGCAACAAAAAUGAAUCAAAAAGCAUUUCGUGCGUUAAGAAAUAAUUGGUUUUUGGGGUAAAAAUACCUUUGUCCUUUGGGAUGCCCGUGGUAUAUUAUUCAUCGAAUGAUAAAUGAGCCAGUUUUAAUUCAUUGCAUUGUGUAUUUGAUUGCAGUUCUAUUCAACCAUUCCCGAUAUUUAGCAAUUCUAUUAUUUUUCAGGAAAGAUCAGUUUGAAAUUGUACGCAUAUACAUACAUAUGUAUUCAUCGUUCCCGUUUAAAUAUUGCAUUGCUCUGUGCAAUGCUGCGAAAAGAUUUCUGUAUAUCUCAAAUUUUUUAUCAACACUUCAGUUAUGCCGCUAUUUUUUUAUGCCAGACCUUUUGCAAUUUUAAAUUGCCUGUCAAGAUACCCCCUCCAAUAGUUAGCAGGUAUGAUGUAUUGAAUCACCCAAUUAUUAUUAUUACUUAACCCUUUCAGCCCCAAAGGACUUUUUAAACGAUGUCAAACAUAUAUAGAAGUUGCUUAUAAGCAACUUUGGGGCUAAAAGGGUUAAUCAUGAUCAUGAAGUUGAUCUAUAAGAUGUGUAUUUUAAAGAAGUUUUUGUGUAUUUGACUUUUUAAACGAUGUCAAACAUAUAAUGAAGUUGCUUAGAAGCAAUUUCGGGGCUGAAAGGGUUAAGAACGAACAACUCUGUCCACAAUAUAAAAACUUGAUCCACAGAUGUCGCCUUUUACUUUGACAUCGUUUUCUUUAAUGCACGUUUACGCCAAUUUAAUUUUUGAAUAUUGGAUACUGCGAUGGUAGCGCCAUCUAUCGGUCAAACAUUCCAAAAUUAACAAUUGAUUAAAAAUUAAAAAAUUAUUUAAAAAACAUUUUCCAGUGGACCAAAUUGUAAAUCUAAACCAUUCUCGAAUCUCCUUGAACAUACACACAAAAUUUCAUCAAAAUCGGUCUAUCCGUUUAGGAGCAGUUCAGAUGCAAACACACGGUCAGAAGAUUUAUAUAUAUAAAGAUAUUUAAACAUCAUCCGCAAUUUUUUUUUAUACGAAAUCUUUUACAUUUUACCUUUGGGAAGCAAUUGCCAGUUGCUUUUCGCAUGUGCAUAUGCCGGGCAAGAUGCAGGUCGCGAUUUCUAUCGAAAACCAAAAAUUCAAAGAGUUUCAUAGUUUUUAAUAACUUAUGUUCAAGUUAAACUAAUAAAACUAAAACAAGAAAAAAUGUUAACUUCGGUUGCACCGAAGCUAAAUACCAUUCACAGGUGCAUUUCUGUUAGUAACUAUGUGUUCAGUUUGGAAGCUAUAUGCUGUAGUAAUCCGUUCUGAACAAUUUCUUAGAGAUUACUCUGUUGUCUUAGAAAAUAAUCUAUACCAAAUUUCGUGAAUAUAUCUUGUCAACUGUCAAUGUUGUCCAUACAAGAUUUUGAUUCCGAUCGUUCAGUUUGUAUGGCAGCUAUAUGCUAUAGUUAACCGAUCUGAACAAUUUCUUCGAAAAUUACUCUGUUGUCUUAGAAAAUAAUCUACCAAAUUUCGUGAAUAUAUCUUGUCAAAUGUGAAAGUUUUCCAUAUAAGCAUUUGAUUCCGAUCGUUCAGUUUGUACAGCAGCUAUAUGUUAUAGUGGUCCGAUAUCGGCCAUUCCGACAAAUGAGCAGCUUGAAGAAAAAAUGACGUUUACAAAAUUUCAAAACGAUAUAUUUAAAACUAAGGGACUAGUUCGUAUAUACAGAAUAUGUAUAUACCGUCAGAGGACAUGGCUAAAUAGACUCAGCUCGACAUACUGAUCAUUUAUAUAUAUACUUCCGAUAUAUAUCUCCGACGCUUCCUUCUGGGUGUUACAAACUUCGUGACAAACUUAAUAUACCCUGUUCAGGGUAUAAAAAGGGAAAAUUUUGAAAUUUGAAAAAAAGUGGUUUUUGACUAAAAAAAUUUUACUUUAACAUAUGUAUGCUCAAACUUAACUUUUCUUAGUUCUUUUAGUUUAAAUAGAGGACAAUUUAAUGCCAAAGAUUUUCCAAACUUCCAAUUAAGAAAAAUCGUAGAACUGAAAAACCGAGAAAUCGCGCGCCAAAGUUUUCGCUUUCUGCCCAAGCGCUCAUAUUUCCCUUCUAGCUUCCACAAUAUUUCGAAUUCCCAUCUAUAACUUUGGGGAAAUAUUCCAUUUUAUAUUUACAUAAUUUUUAAAGAGAUUUCAAAAAAAAUUAAAUUAAGUUCGACCUAUUGUAUGGACCUACAGUCUGUCAAGUAAGAGCGUGGUCGACUUUACCGACAAUUAAUGAAAGAUUUCGCUCUAAUUCCUUCGCGAGCCGAUAGAGGGAAGUUUUUUCCUUGAUGCAUUGUCAACACAGGCUCAGUUGUUGGUGAUCUCUUGAAAGAGAAUCACGUUAAACGUGAAUGGUGCAACACAAUGAAGAAGCUUCUGUUGACUGAAAUAUUUGUGACAAAGCAACUCGCUUCGGUGCAUGAGAAUUUUGAUAGAUAUUUUGAAAAUGUACGCGAACCUGGUCAACUUCCACCAAUAGGCUUGUUCAUCGGAUCGUAAAACAUGGAAUAAAGGUGCAUCUUUGGGGCUGCUUCUCAAAGCCGGGAUUCGGCAUCUCUAUACUGACAACCUAAAUGACGAGAAAAUGAUAAAAAUCUACAAAAAAGCUUUACUGCUAUCUGCCAAACAAUGGUUCAUCAGAAAAAAUGAAGAUUGGGUUCUGCAGGAGGACAACGAUCCUAAACACCGCAUCAAGCUCCGUAUUCAAUGGAAAACUCAAUCUGGCAUCGUUACAUACAUAUUAUUGACCAAAUUGCACCAUUGUUUGUAAUGUGUACAAUGUGUAUAUAAAUGUGGAAGUUUCAUAAAAUAAUUUUUUUUUUAUAAAUAAUCCCGACCACGUUCUUGACAGACUGUAGUUUAUGUUUGCAAUUCCAAAUAAAAUAGAAAUAACCUCUAUACAUACAAGUGUUUAAAACAUUCAAAAUUUUAACUGUACUGCAGUAACUGCAACAAACAUUUCGGAUUCGAUCUCUGCUAAAGUACCAGUAAUAAUACUGCACUUAAUGCAAUUUCAAAUAAGCCUCAAAUAAUCACCAUACAGUUCAUGCCUCAAAUCAACUUUUAUAUAGAAAUUCCACGCGGUACCAAAUUCACUAUUGAGAGCAGUCCUAUACAGUGGCAUUCGAAGAAACUAUCCAUAUGAAAUAUUGUAACGAGGAUGAAAAGACACAAGAAUGUGAUCCAAAAUUGUCUUAGGGAAGCCUAGAGCUAUGCUAAAACACCUCGAUUAGGCCGACCACUUUUAAUAAAAGAAUUAAGUAUUAUAUGGGUCCUCGCCCCAACGGAAGAGAAGGACGUUGUGACCAAGAUGUCAAAUUCGUGCUUGGCAAACAACCGAAACCAUUGCUUUUCGGAAAAUGCAAAAGAACAGUUGGUAUGAUGAGGAGUUCCGUGUCGCAGCGGAGAGAAAACUGACUGUCUACCUCACAACUUUACAAUCGAUCACAACACGUGCGGGAUGGGAUAGAUAAAGAGAUUUGAAGAAGGAAGCGAGACGCAUUUGCAGACAUAAAAAAUAAGGUGAAUAACUACUAAAAUGAAGAGACCGAAAUGCGUGAGUAUGCCUGGGAAUCUUUGCACUUAAACUUAGCUCCCAGCUCAUUGGAAACGUGCUGAGGUUUUUUAAUUCUUAAACCCGAAAAACCUGAACAUCUAGUAAAUUCUUAUCGACCAAUUAGUCUAUUGCUAAUAAUCUCGAAAGGAUCAUGCACCAAUCCCAGCAAUCACCAUUUGUGAACUUAAAAGUGAAAUUAAAAAGCUUAAAGUUAAGAAAGCAGCUGGCUUCGACUUAAUUACAGCUGAAGUGUUAAAGCAGCUACCAUACAAAUGUUUACGGAAGCUCACCUAUCUUUUCAAUACAGCAAUCCGUCUGACACAUUUUCCCUUUGCCUGCCUUUGGAAAGUUGCCGAAGUUGUUAUGGUUCCUAAGCCAGGAAAGGAUCCUCACGUAGUCUCGUCAUAUAUACCAAUUUCUCUAUUCCCACAAAUCUCAAAACUUUUUGAAAAAUUAAUUUAUCUAAGAUUAAAAUCUAUAAUCGACGAAGUUAAUCCCAUCGCAUCAGUUCGGUUUUAGAAAUAAGCAUUCCACAAUAGAAUAAAUUCACAGAAUAACAUCAGAAAUAGAAAAAACCCUGGAGGAGGGAAACGUAUGCUCAACUGUAUUCCUUGACGUGCACAAGCAUUGACAAGGUAUGGCACGAAGACCUUGUGCAAAAACUAAAAUCAUGUCUUUCGGUUGAGUAUUGUGCUUUUUUUGAAAUCGUAUAUCACCAUGACAUUUUUCCGUGUAAAACAAUUUCUUCUCUAUUUCCAUUCUUAUUCCAUUUUAUAUUUACAUAAUUUUUAAAGAGAUUUAAGCAAAAAAAAUUCAAUUUUUUUUGAAGCUUUUAAAGCAGGUUCCCCCUUAAAGAAGAUUUACAAAACGUAAUAAACGUAAUUUAACAUCCAAAUGCGUCUUUAUUCAUUCGAAAAAUGUUAUCUCUUAAAAUCUUUCUUUAAUUCGGAACUCAUUAAAAACUUUAAUAAGAUUGCUUCCAAAUGUAUUCAUUUGCAGGUUUUGUCGUAUUAGUAAACAGCGGAUUCCAAUAUUGGUUUUACGUAUUGUUACAAAAGUAGUAUUAAGUUAUAUUUGUAUUACUAUAUGCAUCCCUGAUUAUGAACAAUAGCUGUAGGUAUAUGGAAUAGCAUUUGUCUUGUUGUAGACAUCUGGCGCCACGGCUGUCUGCUCGUCGAAACAAUAGACAUCUGGCGCCGCACUGUCUGCUUGUCUAGGUAAACAAUUGCUGAGUCUGGCGCCGCGACUGUCUGCUUGCGUCUGGCGCCGUAUAGCCGUAUGUUCUGGUAAUUUCCAGACGCGAUAUUCUAGAAGGACACGUCGGCAUCAGCGAGAAGUGCGUGGCUAUAUAAGCCGUGGCAGCGCCAACGUAAUCAAUCAGUGCUAAGAGUAAACUGCUAUAGUGUAGACGAGUUGUGAAAUAAAGAGUUGUUGAAUUAAAUUAAACAGUGUUGAUUUUAUUUGUCAAUCCAGAGAUACGAACCUAACAAAGUAAACUAGCAAGCAGUAAAUUCGUAACAAUUGGUGUCAGAAGUGGGAUUGUCAAAUAAUCCAAAUUCAAGAUGGUUAAAUUCGGAGUAUUGAGAAUUCAGCAAUUAAAAAAGGAACUGGAGGAGCGUAAUUUGCCGAUAAGCGGGCAAAAGGCGGAUCUGCAGGCACGAUUACGUAAAGCAAUGGAAGCGGAUGGAAUUAAUGUAAACGAGUUCGAAUUUGAUGGGCCAGAAACUUCUACAAAGGUAGAAGAAAAAGUAGAAGAACAACGAACAUCAUCAAGUGCAGACAUGAACAUGCUGUUAGUGGCUAUACAGAAAAUAGUUGAAAAUACAGAAAAUGCAGUGCAAACAGGAAAUCGUCUGGAACAGCAAAUAGCUGAAAAUGCAGAAAAAGCAGUGCAAACAGAAAAUCGUCUGGCACAGCAAAUAGCCGAAAAUAUAUCACAAAUAACAGAAAAUGCAGUGCAAACAGAAAAUCGUCUGGCACAGCAAAUAACGCAAAUAGCUGAAAAUACAUCACAGUUAGAGUCUCGCCUUACACAACAAAUGACUGAAAAUAAUACGCAGUUAGAAAAGCGUUUGGUACAACAGAUUACAGAAAAUAAUACACAAGUGCAAGAGAAAUUUUCAAAAUUGGAAGACGAAUUAAGCACGUUAAAAAAUGACGAAGAAAAUUUGAAAUCAGAAGUUCUUCAUUUGAGUAAUCGAAUGCGAGAACUGCAACUGCAUGGCCCUGCACCAUCAACAAAUAAUCCAAGAUUGAAGGCACCCACAUUCGAUGGAAGUAUUCCAUUUCAAAUUUUCAAACUUCAGUUUGAAAAGACAGCAUUGGCCAAUAACUGGAAUGCAGCGGACAAAGUGGCGUCCUUGUUUGUAUCAUUGAAAGGACCUGCGGCAGAAAUCCUUCAGACUAUUCCAGACUGUGAACGGGACAACUAUGAGGCAUUGAUGAGUGCGAUAGAAAGACGAUAUGGUAGUGAGCACCGGAAACAAAUAUACCAGAUCGAACUGCAAAAUAGGGGUCAGAAGAUGAACGAGUCAUUGCAAGAGUUCGCAACUGAAAUCGAACGACUGGCUCAUUUGGCAAAUGCAGAUGCACCUGUGGAUUACAUUGAGAGGGUAAAAAUUCAAUGUUUCAUAAAUGGAAUUCGUGAUGUGAACACCAAACGCGCCACAUAUGCAUUGCCAAAAAGAACGUUUGCUGAAACGGUUUCGCACGCCCUCACACAGGAAACAGCUUCCCUACUAAGUAAACCAGCACACAAAGUACAAAGGGUUGAAAUGGAACAACCGGCGCUGAUGGAAGAAAUAUUGAAGACUCUGAAGACAAUUGCUGCACCGCGAGUAAAUACAACAGGAAGAUGUUUCAACUGUGGAAAAGCGGGUCACUUUGCCCGAAAUUGCAAUAUAAAAGUAAACCCAUCAAAACGGAAACAACCAACAGAUAACGAGGACGGAGCAUCCACAUCUCACAAGUCGUUAAACUAAAACGGAACAGUUCAAAGGGGCGUGAGCUGGUUCCCACAACUAUUUGCCCCGCCAUCUCGAUAUCACAAAUAGGUCGCCAUGACAACAAUCUUACUAUCAACGGCAUCGUAAAUGGACGACUGUCAACGCUUACUUUGGAUACUGGUGCCACACAUUCAAUUAUCCGACCGGAUGUGGUAAGAGGAACGGUUAAACCAUUAGUCGGUUGCAAGCUUCGAACGGCCACCGGGGAGGAAGCAGCUGUCGCGGGAAAAGUGUUUUGCAAAGUGAUGAUUGGUACCCUGGAAGUUAAUCACACCUUCAUCGUACCUGGGAAAGCGAAGAUGGCAAACAUUCUCGUCUGCUGAUCAUAGUACCGAAGUCCAUGAUCCCAAAAGUAUUGAAAGAAUAUCACAAUGGACCUAGUGGAGGGCACCUUGGAAUAACAAAAACUAUAGAGAAGAUUAAACAACGGUUCUACUGGAUCGGUUGUCGAGAUUCCAUAGCAGAAUGGAUAAGUAAUUGCGUAGAGUGCAUGGCAGCUAAAGGUCCUAAAGCCAAAAGUCGCGGUAGGCUACAACAGUACAACGUGGGAUCACCAUUUGAACGAGUCGCAAUGGAUAUUGCAGGUCCGUUCCCAACCAGUACGGCCGGAAACAAAUAUCUACUGGUUGUCAUGGACUAUUUCAGUAAAUGGCCAGAAGUAUAUGCCUUACCAAACCAGGAAGCGAAGACCGUAGCCGAAGCGUUUGUAGAAAAUUGGAUAACAAGGUUCGGAGUGCCCGUCGAAUUACACUCAGAUCAAGGCAGGAAUUUCGAAUCUUCCAUUUUCCAAGAAGUCUGUACAUUAUUGGGCAUCCACAAGACACGGACAACAGCGUUACACCCACAAUCAGAUGGGAUGGUAGAGAGAUUCAACCGAACGCUCGAAGAACAUCUGCGGAAAAUCGUUGAUAAAGAUCAACGGAAUUGGGACAAGUGCAUCCAGAUGUUCCUGCUGGCGUAUCGUUCAGCGAAGCACGAGACAACUGGUUACACGCCAGCAAAGAUUAUUUUCGGAUCUGAUCUGCGACUCCCUGCUGAUCUUAAGUUUGGAACGAAUCCUACAGCUGUAAGAAAUGAUGGAGAUUAUUGUUCUGCCUUAAAGGAAGAAAUGAAUGAAUUGCAUCUAAUGGUAAGACAGCAUACGCAUCUGAUGAGCAAUAAGAUGAAGAACCGGUUCGAUCAAGCGGCAAAUUCAAAAGGUUUUGAAGAAGGUGAUCUGGUCCUGUUGUACAAUCCACUUCGAAAGAAAGGCUUGUCCCCGAAACUGCAGACAGCCUGGGAAGGACCCUAUAUGGUGAUGAAACGACUUAAUGACGUGGUAUACCGCAUACAAAGAAAUGGAAAAGCACGAUGUAAAAUGAAAGUAGUACAUUUGGAGAGGCUCGCCCCAUUUGGUUCAAGAGGAUUUGUGCCUAAUCGGGACGAUUAGGCUUUAGUGGAGGGCAGUGUUACAAAAGUAGUAUUAAGUUAUAUUUGUAUUACUAUAUGCAUCCCUGAUUAUGAACAAUAGCUGUAGGUAUAUGGAAUAGCAUUUGUCUUGUUGUAGACAUCUGGCGCCACGGCUGUCUGCUCGUCGAAACAAUAGACAUCUGGCGCCGCACUGUCUGCUUGUCUAGGUAAACAAUUGCUGAGUCUGGCGCCGCGACUGUCUGCUUGCGUCUGGCGCCGUAUAGCCGUAUGUUCUGGUAAUUUCCAGACGCGAUAUUCUAGAAGGACACGUCGGCAUCAGCGAGAAGUGCGUGGCUAUAUAAGCCGUGGCAGCGCCAACGUAAUCAAUCAGUGCUAAGAGUAAACUGCUAUAGUGUAGACGAGUUGUGAAAUAAAGAGUUGUUGAAUUAAAUUAAACAGUGUUGAUUUUAUUUGUCAAUCCAGAGAUACGAACCUAACAAAGUAAACUAGCAAGCAGUAAAUUCGUAACAGUAUGUUCGAAAAGACGAAAUUCCAAUUAGAUUCUGUGACACCAUUGAAAAUCAGAAUUGGUUUGCAAUUCUGACAGCUAAGCAAUUCAGUCUUGGAUUUCACAAAUGGUAGGCAAAAUUUUCACAACAUUUACUGUUACAAGGCAUUAAAUGUGUGAAAUUUUUGUAACAAGGGUAACGGUUUGAUAAUUCGUAAUGCAUAAUGAAUUUACAGUAAUGCAACAAUAUACAACAAAAUUUGUUUUAUUAAAUUGCCAAUCUCCAGAAAAACAUGCAUAAUUUUAUUUUUUUAUCUUUAUGUGAAAUGUAAUAUUAAAAUAUGUAUAUAUAUGUAUAUAAAAUAUUUGUUAUAAAACAAGCAUCAGAUAAGCUGCAUUUGUUUCUGUUUUUUGUUUACUACCGCCCUUUUUAAUCGUUUUUGUUGCUUCAAUUAAUUUGUGUAUGCAGUUCUUACACAAGUUUUAUUAUUAUUGAAAUAAGUAUAUCGCUUAAUUACUUUAUUGUAGGAUUAACUUUUAUUUAAAUUCAAAAAUUUAGUAUUAAUUUUAAAGGAACAUUGAUAAAAACUCUUCAACUGAUAAAUUCAUAAAGGUAUUCGUAAAAAAUUGUACAUAUACAGCUAAAAUUAAUUUUACUUCUAAUUAAUAUCGGGUAGCGUAUGCAUUCAUAUUUAUAACUUCCUUUAAUAUAUUUGGCAUUGAUAAUUGCUUCUUGGAGGCCUGUUUUAGAUGUACGUUCGAAAUCGGAUUAAAAUCCGAGGACUAAGUAGGGGGCGGUCCUAAAACUUUUCGGGUGUUGUACAAUAUCCACAGUUUUGCCUUGUGAGCUGUACGUUUUGGGUUGUUGUCCUAUUGAAAUAUGCAACGACCGGAAAGUCUGAAUUUAUCCCUGCCAACAUUUUAAUUAUCUUUUAAUAUUCGAAUAUAUUACCGGUUAUCCAUUUUAUUAGCGAUAACCUGCAUGCACACACACGGUGCCAUAGCGGUAGAUUUCUAUCUCCGUCCUUAACCGAGUAUUUUGUGUUUUUCCUUUGCAUUUCGGAAGUCAGCAUUCAAAGCGAGACUUUGAUUAAUUUCUGAAGCGGAUUUUCUUUAAUUUUUCUCACGUUAACGGCUUUAUCAUAACUUUGAAGUUCGUCCGGCCUUCCUGGUCGCUGCAACAACUUCAUCGAAUUCCUUUAAAAAUUGUUACGGAAGGUUGAAACACUUCUAUUGGUAAAUUUUAAUAUCUUCUGCAAGAUUUUUUGCUUCUUCCUUUCGAAGAUAUUAAAUAUUAAUCUUCUUUCUUCGAGGUUGGUUUCUUUUAAUUUUUUUCAAAUAUGUAUAUUGAAAGAUGGAGGUAGGAUUUUCUUGCGCGGUAAAGUGGUUUGUUAGUGAUGAGAAUUAUUAGUGGAGAAUAUUAAUUUGAUGAAAGCGAAGUUUUUUAUGGAUUAUAGAAACUUGUUCGCAUCCGCAACUAACCAUACACGAAAAUCUUAAUCCAUACUGUUUUUGAGUCCAGACCGGACCCGGAGAACUUUUUUCUGCAAUCACUACCUUGGUUAUAUGCAAUACAUACAUGGAGCAAGUUUUGUUCAGAGCUUAAGAUUUCUAGGGAGUGGACCAUAUAUAAUAUUAAGUUGCCCCAUACUACCAACGCAUAAUUUCGACACUAUCCUCUAGGGCUCUUCUAACUGAACAUUUUUCACGAAGUACGCCGCCACUCGAGUCGAGUGGUCAACAAAAGGAUGUAUUUGUAUAUGGUCCUAAAGAGCAAAGCUCUUAGUUUGAUCAAUACCAGGCAGUCAGGGCAUAAUUGUCUGGUCAGGUUCGUCAGAUAUUAUAAUCUUUAGCGAUGGUUUCAUAAAUUGUAUAACCAGUCGACCUUUGCUAAUUACCACAUUAUUCUAUAAUUAUUUCAAUCGCAAACCUCCUCUUUAUUUGAGUUCAGCAAAGUUAAUAACGUCGAUCUUACCGAAAACACUUUCACCGAACAUAAUCGUUGACGAACGUCAAUUCUGCAAGGUGCUUCAAUUACCGAAAGCAAGCAGCAGAUGUAAUGAUUGAGCGGGACACCGUACAAAAGGUCGAUUCCUGUGAUUCCGCAAAAAGGAUCUCACUUUGGAGAUUUGGCAAACGGUAAAUUAACAUUAGCGGACGAAAAGAGUAGAGCACUUGAAGUCCUAUAAUUUUUUCACCCGGGUGAGAAAGAUCUGGUUCUACUGUCAAGAUAUUGUCCAAUCCGAAAAGAUGUUAGAAUAGGGUUGAAAUUCAAUUCGAUGGCUAUGCUUCCAUCGACCCGAAGAAGUGCGCUAUAUUCGACGACAGUUUAAACUGUACCCUCUAGCCAACAAGCCAAAAAAAGCGGGUUACCAAACGACUGCGCAAAUCCCAAAAGAGGUCGUUUUCGGUAAAUCAAACUCCGCGGUAUGCAUAAUACUAUUCGAAAAAUGAGACCUGACAUCUUUGCCAAAAUUGAAAUUUCGAAAAACCAUCACUGUCGUAACUGAUGUGCUAAAACGCAGAAAACUUGCAACACUUGGAAAGUAGUUGCACAAAAACUUACAUCAAAACCAACUAUGCUAGCCCAAAAGUCAAUGUAUGUGAUUUGUGUUAUAAAUAAUUUAAAUAUUACUUUUAUUACAAUGGUGGAUCUGAUUUUAAUAUAAUAUGAUAUAGUUGACAGAGAUCUAUUCAAGUUUUGGAACAAUCUGUCUGACUUUAAAGCUAUUCACAAUUUAAAAAUCAAUUUUUUACACUGUUUAUUUAUUUUGUACCUUUCUAGUUGAAAUGUAUCAUUUAUGCUAACUCCUCAGUGAGAGUGUUAAUAAAAAAAUAUUUUUUCUUCGCAUAUUUUUAUAUUUAAAAAUUAAAAUUUUAAAUUUUUAGCAGAUUGAAAUUGUCUAAAUCUAUUCGUCGAGGCGUGAUAAACAGAUGGGAGUAAAAUAUCUAAUCAAGGUAUUCCAUUUGUCCCUGAGCAUUCUGCAUAUCGCAUAUGCAAUACAUCUUAUCAUCAAAAAAUUGAAAUUGAGUUUCUAAAUAUAUCCGAUGCGUGCUAAGGGGGGCAGAGGUUCCCCUACUGAAAGGUGGUAUAAUUAUAAACGCCUCUUUAGCUCGUGUCAUAAAUCAGAAACCACCCUAAGAUAGGACGAUGCUAUUAGCGUUAGAGUUGACAAAAACUUUUAAUACAGUCAAUUAGACAUCGAACUGUCUACGUUGCAUCGUAGUCUAAAGAUGUGGACCAUGAACUAUCUACUUAAACAGAGGGUUGCGCAUGAUGAUGCCCUCUCCCUGUCGCUGGGUCUACUCAUUGAAACCGUUUCGAACGAAAAAUUUGCCGAUUCGAUCGAAACAAAUUAAGUUAAUCAUUAAAAUCGUAAUAAAAAUCAAAUUUUCGUUGAAGUUGAACUCACUCACGGACCCGAUAAAAUACCCUUCGCGGCUAAUACCAUAGAUGACGCUAAUUUCGAAAUCAUUAAAACUUGAAAAUCGAGAACUCUUCUAAAGUGGCGGAGUUUAAAAAAUGAGGUAUUUGUAAGAAGGCUAUAAAUUAUGUUAGAAUGUGUAUUUUAGAGACCAGAGACAAAAAUAUAUCAAUAACAUUAUAUUUGAAAUAUAUAUUUAAAGUUUGACCUAUUGUGUGGACCUACAGUCUGUCAAGUAAGAGCGUGGUCGACUUUACCGACAGUUAAUGAAAAAUUUCGCUCUAAUUCCUUCGCGAGCCGAUAGAGGGAAGUUUUUUGUUGGUGAUCUCUUGAAAGAGAAUCACGUUAAACGUGAAUGAUGCAACACAAUGAAGAAGCUUCUGUUGACUGAAAAAUUUGUGACAAAGCAACUCGCUUGGGCGCAUGAGAAUUUUGAUAAAUAUUUUGAAAAUGUACGCGAACCUGGUCAACUUCCACCAAUAGGCUUGUUCAUCGGACCGUAAAACAUGGAAUCAAGGUGCAUCUUUGGGGCUGCUUCUCAAAGCAAGGAUUCGGCAUCUCUAUACUGACAACCUAAAUGACGAAAAAUGAUAAAAAUCUACAAAAAAGCUUUACUGCUAUCUGCCAAACAAUGGUUCAUCAGAAAAAAUGAAGAUUGGGUUCUGCAGGAGGACAACGAUCCUAAACACCGCAUCAAGCUCCGUAUUCAAUGGAAAACUCAAUCUGGCAUCGUUACAUACAUAUUAUUGACCAAAUUGCACCAUUGUUUGUAAUGUGUACAAUGUGUAUAUAAAUGUGGAAGUUUCAUAAAAUAAUUUUUUUUUAUAAAUUAUCCCGACCACGUUCUUGACAGACUGUAGUUUAUGUUUGCAAUUCCAAAUAAAAUAGAAAUAACCUCUAUACAUACAAGUGUUUAAAACAUUCAAAAUUUUAACUGUACUGCAGUAACUGCAACAAACAUUUCGGAUUCGAUCUCUGCUAAAGUACCAGUAAUAAUACUGCACUUAAUGCAAUUUAAAAUAAGUCUCAAAUAAUCACCAUACAGUUCGUGCCUCAAAUCAACUUUUAUGUAGAAAUUCCACGCGGUACCAAAUUCACUAUUGAGAGCAGUCCUAUACAGUGGCAUUCGAAGAAACUAUCCAUGUGAAAUAUUGUAACGAGGAUGAAAAGACACAAGAAUGUGAUCCAAAAUUGUCUUAGGGAAGCCUAGAGCUAUGCUAAAACACCUCGAUUAGGCCGACCACUUUUAAUAAAAGAAUUAAGUAUUAUGUGGGUCGUAUUUGGAUUUCAUGAUAAUAUCCCAAUUUGUUUUGGGUUAAACAAAACUAACACAGAAAAUUACGUGGAGCUUCUGAAUAGCGUGUUAGUGGAGCUUGGUGACCAAUUUUUGGGUAAAAAAAACGCACCCAAUGAAGAAGGACAACAAGCCUUGGAUGAGAGACCCCCCUUUUGAUGACAACCAUGGCAAUCAAUUUAAGGAUAACGAUUUGAGGGCAUGCACCUGGAAUGUCCGCUCCCUUAAUUGUGAAGGUGCUGCUGCUCAGCUGGUUGAUGUCCUCGUGAAAAUAAAGGCUGACAUCAUCACUGUCCAAUAAAUGCGUUGGACGGGACAAGGCCUGAGGCCGAUAGACCCUUGUGGCAUUUACUACGGUGACCAUAUAAAGUAGCGCAAGUUCGGUGUGGGAUUCACUCCUGUUCUUUAACAUAUCGCUGAUUUGCGCCCUCGCCCCAACGGAAGAGAAGGACGUUGUGACCAAGAUGUCAAACUCGUGCUUGGCAAACAACCGAAACCAUUGCUUUUCGGAAAAUGCAAAAGAACAGUUGGUAUGAUGAGCAGUUCCGUGUCGCAGCGGAGAGAAAACUGACUGUCUACCUCACAACUUUACAAUCGAUCACAACACGUGCGGGAUGGGAUAGAUAACGAGAUUUGAAGAAGGAAGCGAGGCACAUUUGCAGACAUAAAAAAUAAGGUGAAUAACUACUAAAAUGAAGAGACCGAAAUGCGUGAGUAUGCCUGGGAAUCUUUGCACUUAAACUUAGCUCCCAGCGCAUUAGAAACGUGCUGAAGUUUUUUAAUUCUUAAACCCGAGAAACCUGAACAUUAAUACGUAAACUUUUGCCAGUGUUGGAAGAAAACCAGCUUAUUCGGAAAUUAUCAAUUUGGCUUCAGAAAAUUUCAAAACGAAUACCGGCUUAUGCUUCAAUAUUUCUGCAUAAAAAAAUUAUACCUACUGUAUUGUUAAAAGUGUGCUCAAUAAUGUACAAACGGUUUGAAUAAAAUUACUAUUAUUAUUACUAUUUUUAUCUUAACAUGGAAUGCAAGUGGACUAAUGGAAGCACCAAGAAGAGCUUUUACUUAUUUUACAAAAGGAGAAAAUAGAUUUACGUCUCAUAUUCGAAACUCAUUUUACGAGAUACAGCCAUAUAACUUUCAAAAACUACGAUUUCUAUCAUACAAUUUACCUUAGUAAUUGUGCGAGGGGAGGCACUGCUGUUAUUGUUAAAAACAGCAUUAAACAUGAUGAGGAUAGAAAAAUCAGUACGCACAAUAUUCAAACCACAACUAUUACAUUAAAAGCAAUGAACCUCCCCCUUGUCAGUUACUGCAAUAUAUUGCCCGCCGAGAUACAAAAUCCUCUUUUAAGAAUAUAAAGAACUUCUCAAUAUGCACAAACACAAAUUUAUUAUGGGAGGCGACUUUAACGCUAAGCAUGUUUACUGGGGAUCGCGCCUAACGACAGCUAAAGGGCGAGACUUAUUCCAGGCAGCUCAAGAAACCGGAUGUGAGUUUGCAUCGACCGGAACACCAACUUAUUGGCCAACGGACACCAACAAAAUACCAGAUGUAAUAGUUUUUUUAUAACCAGGAAGAUAUCUCGAAAUUUCAUAGAAGUAGAAGGUGGGUUAGAUUUAAGCUCUGAUCACUCCCCAUUAUAUUUAACAGUAAGUGAAACAGUCAUUAAAAGAGAUCUUAGUCUGAAGCUAUACAACAAAAAUACGGACUGGAAUCCGUUCAAACAAAUACUUCAGACUAAAAUAAAGUGUCCGAAAAUCACAACAAUUGAACAACUAGAGUUAGAAGUUAACACAUUUACGAAAGAAAUUCAACAAGCAGCUUGGGAUAAUACUUCGAAGAUAAAGCAAAAAAUUGUAGGUUCAAAUUAUUAAACAAUAAAAAUCCUUCUAAUUAAGAAAAGAAAGUUACGACGGAAAUGGCAGCAAACCCGCUCACCACUCGACAAAACCAACCUCAAUAAGGCGACAGCUGAAUUAAAACGACAAAUUGCUCAUAUUAAGAAUAAGUCAAUUAAUAAAUAUUUAUCUCAACUAUCCGCUGACAAAAAAUAUGAUUACUCACUCUGGAAAAGUACAAAGUAUCUGAAACGCCCAACAAGUCACGUUGCACCACUAAAAGUUGCUUCCAAUACAUGGGCUAGAAGUGAUUGUGAUAAAGUUAAUGCAUUUGCUAGCUGAAACCUUUCGUCCAAAUGUGGAUAGUGAAAUCGCGUUCCUCAGUAGUAUUCAACAGGAUCAUGCAACAAUCCCAGCAAUCACCAUUUGUGAACUUAAAAGUGAAAUUAAAAAGCUUAAAGUUAAGAAAGCACCUGGCUUCGACUUAAUUACAGCUGAAGUGUUAAAGCAGUUACCAUACAAAUGUUUACGGAAGCUCACCUAUCUUUUCAAUACAGCAAUCCGUCUGACACAUUUUCCCUUUGCCUGCCUUUGGAAAGUUGCCGAAGUUGUUAUGGUUCCUAAGCCAGGAAAGGAUCCUCACGUAGUCUCGUCAUAUAUACCAAUUUCUCUAUUCCCACAAAUCUCAAAACUUUUUGAAAAAUUAAUUUAUCUAAGAUUAAAAUCUAUAAUCGACGAAAAGCAGUUAAUCCCAUCGCAUCAGUUCGGUUUUAGAAAUAAGCAUUCCACAAUAGAAUAAAUUCACAGAAUAACAUCAGAAAUAGAAAAAUCCCUGGAGGAGAGAAACGUAUGCUCAACUGUAUUCCUUGACGUUGCACAAGCAUUUGACAAGGUAUGGCACGAAGACCUUAUGCAAAAACUAAAAUCAUGUCUUCUGGUUGAGUAUUGUGCUCUUUUAGAGUCGUAUAUCACCAUGAGAUUUUUCCGUGUAAAACAAGGAAAUUAAUUCUCCAAAUUAAAGCGGGGGUUUCUCAGGGAAAUAUCUUAGGUCUAUAUAUUCUGUAUACAAGAGACUUCUAGCUUCUUCUUCUUAGCACCAAAACAGUAUGACUGCCACUUUUUCUGAUGACACCGCAAUACUAUACGUCGAAAAAACAGCAGAAAAAGCUGCGCUAAACCUGCAACAUGCAACCAACUCUCUAGUAAGUUGGACUAAAAAAUGGAGAAUAAAACUAAAUGGUGACAAAUCGGUUCAUGUAAACUUUACAAACAAAAGAAUCACUUAUCAACCUAUAAGUAUUCUAGAUACCUGAAUACCAUAUGCAAAAACGGCUAAAUGUCUUGGAACCCACGCGAUACUAGAUUACGUUGGGAAGAGCAUAUUAAAAUAAAAAGGAUUGAACUUAAUCUGAAAUUGGCGAAAAUGAAAUGGCUAAUUUGGCGAAGGUCAAACCUGUUCAUACACAACAGAUUACUUCUUUAUAAACAAAUAAUAAAGCCGGUAUUGUCGUAUGGUGCGCAACUGUGGGGAUGUGCCAAUGAUAGCAGUAUUAAUAUUAUACAUUUUUUUCAAAACAAAGUGCUAAGAGGCAUUGUAAAUGCUCUUUUGCAGAAAUGCUGAUAUUCAUCGAGACCUAAGAUUUGUCGAAAAAAACCACAUAGCUUAGUUGGAAGCUAAAAUAUAAAGGAAUUAAAUAUAUGUAUGCCAUAUGAAUAUUUUUAUUAAUUUCUAUAUAAUUUGUUUUUCAGUUAUUCAAAUCAAACUGCUCGUUAGUUUUUGAAACUAGUUGUAGUGAUAUCUAACAUUGUUAAAGUUUUAAAAAUGUUUGUAAUAAAAAAACAAAAAAAAAUUAUCUUAAAACCCUAGCCCCUCCCUUAAAUAGCUGCAAAUGUUUAGACGAAAAAUUAAAACAAUUUCAAUUUGUUCACAAAAAGGUGAAAGAACAUCAGUUUAAAACUACGUCGACAAAAAUGAUGUGCACACCGCAAAUCGCCAAUGACUGAAGAGGACCAAAGUAACAUCACUCGGCUGUUUGGUUUGCGUUUUUGCCUCAAAAGUUAACUUGAUUCGUUGCAAAAAAUACACUUGUUGUCCACUACAAAAUAGUUUUUGACACCAUUUUUCAAAGUAAGUAUUUAAAAUACAUAUUUAAUCAGCUCUUUUGGAACAACACACUACUAAGAUAAACACCCCUAUCACGCAUUUCGACUUGGAUUGAAAUUUUCUCCGUUUGGCGACUUUGGUAUCAUGCGUUCCGUUCCCGUUCAGUUCAACUUCGAAAUUUACGAUUCUGCCUAUCAUGCAUUUCGAUCGUAGCUCCGUUUUGCUAAGUUGCAAUUUUGUUGGCGGAGAACUUUUUGUGUUUUUAUUUUGCUGCGAAAAUUUUAUUAUUUGCGUGAUUUUUUUUAAUUUUCUAAAAAUGUCAAAAAUAACAACACCAGAGCAAUAUGGAAAAUUGGCAGAUAUGAUGGAGAGUAAGCUAGAUAUAGCCAACGGUUUCCACCAGCGUCCUAAAGAAGAUGUGCAGGCUUUUUGGAAAGAGGAAGCAUCAAAUUUACUUGCCGUCGUUUCUUCCGCAAACGUAUCUAGGACAUACUUGAAUGCGUCCUUAUUCAGACGAAAGUUUUUUUGAAUCUAAAUAAGUAAACAAAUUGUAAGAAAAAUGUCUACUUUCACGUGCAAUUACUUACAGCCCGUCA